CGUAAGAUAGUGAGCGCGACCUACGUGUUUUCACUCAUAAUAAAGAAAAAUGGAGGAAACUGUAGUUUCCGGAACAAUCGCUUAUUCCAAUAGCGAAGAGGAUUUGAACCAGUCGUCUAAAGUAAAUGAAAUAAAAGCUAAAUUGACCUUAACGAACGCACAGGAGCAAGAUCUACGCGAGGCAUUCAACCUUCUAGACUAUACAGGAGAAGGGAAAAUAAGAGCCGAGGAUUUUCGUGUUGCCAUCAAAGCAUUAGGUUACGAGCCAACUAACGAGGAGCUGCAGACAAUGAUAAGAGCGGUGGACAAAGGAGACACCGGGAAAUUGAGCUUCGAAAAUUUCGAAACGGCCAUAAUGAGAAAGAUCAUGGCCCUGGACAGCGACGGCGAUAUCAUGAAGAGCUUCCGACUCUUCGAUGACGAUGACAGUGGUUUCAUAAAUUUCGAAAACGUCAAGAAAGUAUCUCAAAUAUUAGGCACUUAUUUAACGGACGAGGAGAUUGAAGAAAUGAUUGACGAUGCCGAUAAAGAUUUCGAUGGACUGGUUAGUUGUGAUGAUUUUUUACUAGUUAGACUAUGA